AUGGAUCCACCAGAUGCGAUCUACCAGGAAGCAACAAAAGAACCAACGAAAUAUGCAUACACAGACGGGAGUACAGUUCUCGUUGAAGAGAAAAAGUUGCAAAGUGAGAUAAUGGCGAAUCAGGUUCUAGAAGCAUCCAGCAGUGUUUAUGCUGGUACAGUAGAAAGGACCAAGAAAGUUGCACCAGUGAUUUUCGAAGAAGAUGUCGGGUUCGAGGAGGAUAUACUCAAAAAUCCGUUUUCACUUCGAAGCUGGUUGAGAUAUAUCGAACACAAGAAGAAAUGUAAAGCACCAUUAAAACAAAUCAACCUAGUGUAUGAACGAGCUUUAAAGGAACUUCCGGGCAGUUAUAAGCUAUGGUACAAUUAUCUUCGAUUUCGUCGGAAACAGGUGAUAGAUAAAUGUCCUACAGAUCCAGCAUAUAAGCACGUUAACAAUGCCUAUGAACGAGCUUUGGUUUUCAUGCACAAGAUGCCUCGAAUAUGGAUGGAAUACUGUGAAUUUUUAACAUUACAACGUUUUGUGACACAAACUAGACGAGUUUUUGAUCGUUCCCUGCGUGCACUACCAGUUACUCAACAUGAUCGAAUUUGGCCGCUUUAUAUCAAGUUUGUUACAAGCCAUGAAAUUCCGGAAACGACAAUUAGAGUUUACCGGAGAUAUUUGAAAUUGCUACCAAAGUGUCGCGAAGACUUUGUUGAUUACUUACGGAAGAUUGAUCACUUAGACGAUGCUGCUCAGCAGCUUGCCAUCCUUGUGAACGAUGAUAAACCAUAUUCCGAGCAUGGCAGAACAACUCAUCAGCUGUGGACUGACCUCUGUGAAUUGAUUUCGAAGAAUCCCAAUAAAGUGCAUUCAUUGAAUGGUGAUUCAAUCAUACGACAAGGCAUACAAAGGUAUAGCGAUCAGGUAGGACUUCUCUGGUGUUCACUUGCAGAGUAUUAUAUUAGAGAUGGACACUUUGAACGGGCAAGAGAUGUGUAUGAAGAAGCACUGGUAUCAGUCAAAACUGUGCGGGACUUCACGCAGAUAUUUGACGCCUAUGCCAAAUUUGCUGAACGUGCAACAGCAGCAAAAAUGGACGAAAUAGAUAAUGAAGACAUUGUAGCUGAUGAAGAACAGCAAUUGGAAUUGGAGCUUCUCUUUGCAAGAUUUGAGCAUUUAAUGGACCGUCGACCGCUUCUUUUAAACAGUGUCUUGUUGCGUCAAAAUCCUCAUAAUGCAUAUGAAUGGUUAAAUCGUGUCCGGUUAUAUGAAGGCAAUAAAAAGAAGCAAAUCGAGACAUAUGAACAAGCUGUGCAAACAGUGCAACCCAAACUACAAACGGGGAAGUUAUCAAAUAUUUGGAUAAGUUUCGCAAAAUUUUAUGAACAAGAGGACAUAUUGAGCGAAGCUAGAUUAAUAUUUGAAAAAGGACUGAGGCCUGAAUAUACCAAGGUAGAUGAUCUUGCGUCGGUUUGGUGUGAAUACGUUGAAUUUGAGCUACGCCACCGGGAUCCUGAAAAUGCUAGAAAGUUAAUGCAACGAGCAACUGCUAUGCCACCUCGAAAAACUCAUUACUUUGAUGAAACUGAACCAGUUCAGAAUCGGCUAUACAAAUCUUUGAAGAUUUGGUCUUUGUAUGCUGAUAUCGAAGAAGCAUUUGGUACUCUUGAAAGUUGUCAGGCUGUUUAUGAAAGGAUUAUUGAUUUACGGAUUGCUACUCCACAAAUAGUGGUUAAUUAUGCUAAAUUUUUGGAAGAAAACAAUUAUUUUGAGAACGCUUUCAAGGCCUACGAGAAAGGUAUAGCACUGUUUAAAUGGCCAAUUGUCAAUGAAAUUUGGACCGUAUAUUUGGUUAAAUUUCUAAAACGAUAUGGUGGCAAAAAAUUGGAACGUGCGCGCGAUCUCUUCGAGCAGUGUUUAGAAAAUUGUCCACCAAAAUUUGCGAUGAAGCUUUAUUUGCUGUAUGCGAAGCUGGAAGAAGAAUAUGGUUUGCCACGGCACGCAAUGAACAUUUAUAAUCGUGCGACCGCUGCAGUUGAAAAACAUGAAAUGUACAAUAUGUUCAAUAUCUACAUUAAAAAGGCGACUAGUAUGUACGGUUUAACAUUUACAAGACCAAUAUUUGAGCACGCUAUUGAAGUUCUUCCGGAAGAUCAGUCCAGGGAGAUGAGUAUUCGAUUUGCACAAAUGGAACGAACACUGGGUGAGAUUGAUCGAGCGCGGGCAAUAUAUGCUCACUGCUCUGAAAUAUGUGAUCCUCGGGUUCAUGGUAUGUUCUGGGAAAUUUGGAAAGAAUUUGAAGUGAAGCAUGGUAAUGAGGAUACGGUAAGGGAGAUGUUGCGUAUAAAAAGAUCUGUACAAGCAACUUACAACACAAACGUCAAUAUCAUGAGUGCACAGAUGUUGUCCACAGUAGCGGGUGCAUCCGCAGGCACAAUUAUCCAUGAACCAAGCACGGCUGGUGAUAGCAUGGCAAUGCUUGAAGCUCGUGCUCAGAAAAUCGCCGAAGAAGAAACAGGUGUAGCGAAGUUGGCAAUAGGCGGUACAGGUAUCAAAUUUGUACGAGGAGCUGUCAAUAUGAUCGAAUCAAAUGUCACAGAAAAUCCAGAGGAAAUUGAUAUCGGCGAUGAUGAGGGUGAUGACGAGCAAAAAAAUUUGGAUGAUGUGGAAACGAAGGCUGUACCGGCAGGUGUUUUGGGUUCACUUGUAAAACAAAAUGAUCAAUAAAUUUGCAAAAAAUUGUUUUCAUCAUUUCAUUUACUGUUUAUUGUUGCAUAUUUUGCAAUAGGCUGCAGUGAUAAUAGUUAUUAUUAUUUA